AUGAACAAACUGUUGAACUGCCGAUUCUCUUCAUAUUUUCUGUUGGGUCGAACGAGAGGGAAGUCGACCGUUCCUGCAGUAACAGAAGUCCGUCAAAGCAAUGCCGUUUUUGACAAAGUGACGCAUACUGGACAGGCGUGGGAUGAAUCUGAUUACCGACUACAGAGGUUUGAAUUUUCAAAGAAACUGGUAAACCCAAACAUCGCUCAAGAACUGGUUGCUGAAGAGCCACCUGUUGAAUGGAAAGAGCGAAUCGCCUUCUGCGAAGGCGGCCAUGGUGCAUUAGGCCAUCCCCGAGUUUACAUAAACCUAGAUAAACCCGGGAACCACGCUUGUGGUUAUUGCGGUCAACGCUUUUUCAAUCCUCAUGCCACGAAAGGCGAGGAUAAAAAUAUCAACCAUUACAAUUGCUGA